UCUCUCUCUCUCUCUCUCUCUCUCUCUCUCUCUCUCAUAGCAAAUAGAGCAAGUAAUAAGUAGCAACGCGGAAGAAUCCUUGAAGAUUCUUGGUCAGUUCUUCCUCCCUCUCCAUAUCUCUGACCUUUCCAAACGCUCAUCCUAAUUUCAUACAGUACAAGAAAACAAAAAAACCUAAAAUUCACCUUCCCUGUGAUUUUCCUAUGGUAGACAAAUAUUAGCGGCCCGUUUUGAUAAAGGAAUUUCAGAAUAAAAUAAAAGAAAAAAUAGUUAUGAUUUCUAGUCGAAUCAAUUAUUUGGAUUAAAUAUUUUGAUGAAAAAUUAUGAGAAAAGUAUAAAAAUAAAAUUUAUUGAUUAAACUCUUCUUCUUUCUUGUGAGAUCUCGUUAAAAAUGACUGAGAUUCGAUGGGAAAGAAUUCCUCUUCCUGUCUUGUAUUUUUUUCACCGUUCAAAGGGUUAUGUAAAGAUGUGGGGCCUUAAUUGCCCUCCCCUCCAUUUGAACGGGUCAGCAAUUGGGUUUUCCUCUCCCCUUAUCUAUAAUUUCCAUGACCUUUUCUGAAAAAAAGGAAAAACACUCCCCUUUCUUGAUUUUUCAGUCAAAAAAUUCUCUUUACAUCAGCUUUUCCCCCCCUUAUAUCAUCUUCCUUUGUUUUCUCCUACCUCAUCAUUCAUUAACCAAGGUUUUCCCCUCAGAGCUCUCUCUCUCUCUCUCUCUCUCUCUCUCUACCCUCCUGGGCAAAAACCUAAGACCCAGGUUCAAAUUCUGGUGUUUCAGUUAUUUCUCCCCUUUUUAAAACAUUUUCUUGAUCUAAUCCACAUUUCCCAUUUCCCAUUUCAGCUACUUUAUAUUAUCUGAAUUGAUCAAAUCAUUUCUGCCCCUACUACUCAACAAAACCAUUUCUUUUUCCUGCAAUUUCCAAAUGGAAAAAAUCAGGGGGUUGGAGCAAGAGACUCUAAUCAAUGAGCUACACCAAGGGUAUGAGCUAACAAAGCGGCUCAAACGCCACAUUGGCCCAUUGACAUCACCUGAAUCGUGUGAAUUUCUGGUUCACAAGAUAAUUUCCACAUAUGACAGAGCCCUUUCAAUUCUAAAUUUUGGUGAUUCUGCGGGAGAGUUUCAACAGGUUGCUGGGACUUUGGAAGCCCAAGAACCUCUCACUGGUGGGAGCCCAAUGAGUGAGGCUUCAGAUCAAUGCCACAAAGAUGCUUACAAAAAGAGAAAGACAUCGCCGCGGUGGACUGAACAAGUAAGAGUUUGCUCGGGAAAAGGGACGGGUGAUGACGGCUAUACUUGGAGAAAAUAUGGCCAGAAAGAUAUCUUGGGAGCUAAUUUUCCAAGAGCAUAUUACCGGUGCACUCAUCGCCAUGUACAAGGCUGUUUGGCAACAAAGCAAGUGCAGAAAUCAGAUGCAGACCCUUCAAUAGUUGAGAUAACAUAUAGAGGAAGACACACCUGCAUCCAAUCACCAGCCUUGGCAUCAAGUGGAAAGGAAUUUGCCAAACAGAAGAAAGAUCAAUGCCAGCCUCACCUGCUAGAAGAAAAUCAGAUUCCAUUAUUUAACUUUGGAACUGGUUUUGAAACUGAGGAUAUGGGCAUAAUGGAGGAGACUUUUCCUUCAUUUUCCUUUCCUUCUUCUCCCAGUAAAUCCCAAAAUGUUGAAACCAUUUCCUUUCCAGAGCCUCUCAAGGCGAAGAAUUUCUUGGGUAGUGAUUCCCUGGAAUUCCUCUCAUUGGUGGAAUUCCCCAUUGACAACUUUGGAUUUGGAGAGGAUUUGCAGCAUUCGGAAUCUGAUUUGAGUGAGAUUAUUUCAGCUCCCACUUCAGUCACAAAUUCUCCCACUGGAAAUUUGGACUUCUUCUCCCUUGAUCAAGUGAACUUUGAUCCGAAUUUCCAAUUCGACGCUUCUGAAUUCUUCAGUUAACGCCACGGAGAUUCAUCCGUCCAAAACACCCAGAAAGAUAGAAAUCAAGAGUGGCAUCCACUUAACUUUCUUGAUCCUAGCCGGCAUCGAAAGAGAGAGGAAAGACUGUUCAUACGAGUAAUACCUCACCUUAUUUGGUUCAACUUUUUGAAAGUUAUUUUUGAUGUAAUGAGUGGAGAGAGAUAAAGAGAAAAAAGUAUUGAGAAACGUAUAGAGAAAAAUGAAAUGAGAUGAGAGUUGAACCAAAUAAGGUAACUAUGAUGCUGGUUCAGAGAGUUUUACUUUGGAAGUUGUAGUCGUAGUUGGGGAUGGAUAAUAUGUAAUUUCUAAGUCUAGAAGUUUUGGUUUCUGUUUCUUAGCUGAGAACAUUAGAAUCUCUGAUAAACAUUUUGGAGUGAGGGCCAUUGCCCAUUGUAUGAAGUUCUAAGUACUCAAUGUAGUGAACUCGUCUUGAUUCUAGUUAGACUCGUCACUCUUAUUACACGGACUUCUAAACGUAUAAAGUACGUGUGUUAGAUACUCAACAAUCGUAUAAAACGAAGUUAUGAGACACAUGUACAUUUUAGGUGGACA